AUGGCUGAACCUGACAUAGCUGCCCAGAUGGACCAAGAAGAAGAAGAUCAUGAGCCUGUGGAGGAGAUGCACACAGGUGGUGAUCUAGGUCACCUUCCAGAUCACCUUGCAAGCACAGAUCUGCAGGACAUGUUGGCAGUGGGGUCCAGCGGAGAUGAACAGUUUGGGGUCAGCCAUGGAAGUCAGUACAGUUCCUCAGAAGCUCAGCAAGGUGAGGAGGAAGAAGAGACUAAGCUGCCUUGCUCUGGUAUCAGCCUGGUGAAAAGACAGGAGAGAAAGAUGGCAGCAGCUUUACGGCAAGCUCCUCGUAUAGAGCGGCCCACCAUUUGCUCUGAGUGUGGCAAGGGCUUCAGUCGGAGCAUCCAUCUCAUCCAGCACCAGCGAAUGCACACUGGAGAGCGCCCAUUCCUGUGUGGGGAGUGUGGCAAGGGCUUCAGCCAGAGCUCCCAUCUCAUCCAGCACCAGCGGGUCCACACGGGCCAGAAACCCUACACCUGUGCUGAGUGUGGGAAGAGGUUCAGCCAGAGCUCAAAUCUCCUUAAGCACCAGCUUACUCACACUGGGCUCAAACCCUAUGUGUGCAGUGAGUGUGGGAAGAUCUUCAGCGACAGCUCCACUUGCAUCAAACACCAGCGUAUGCACACAGGCGAGCGGCCCUACAAGUGCCUGGCUUGUGGGAAAAGCUUCAGCCAACACUCCCACCUCAUUCAGCGCCAGCGAGCCCAUGCCGGUGUCCGGCCUUAUGCCUGUGGUCAGUGUGGCAAAUGUUUUGGGCAGAGCUCUGACCUUAUUAACCACUCUCGUACCCACACAGGUGAGAAGCCUUACAAAUGCAGCCAGUGUGGCCGUGGCUUCAGUGGCAAUUACAACCUCAUCAAGCAUACCCGCAUCCACACCGGGGAGCAGCCAUACCACUGCACCCAGUGUGGGGAAAGCUUUCGAUUCCAGCCCCAGCUGGUACGCCACCAGAAGCACCACACACAGUAG